CGCUUCAUAACGCGCACCGCUUUGUCGACCGUGUUGAAGCGAUGGGUGGUAUAUAAUACGCAAGUGCUUGGGAUGAGCUCCUCACCAACAACUCGAACAUCUCAAAGAUUCUGCAGCGCAGAUUUUAUAUUCUAGCUUCAUUCACUCUAGUAUGGAAUACAUGCAGCCCAACCAAAUGAUUGUGAACUCUGGUGGAGCCGGGUCUCUUGGGUACUAUAUUCGGAAUGCCAAUCCUUCCCCUCACCCCUCGAUGGUGGGCGCCGAGAUGCCACUAUAUUGGGAGCUGAGAGAUGGAAGAAUAGCGAAGCGUGUUCCCCGCUCGCGAGAAUUCACUCCUUCUCAGCAGAGCUUCCCCGGCAUCACAUUUAGCGCGGGUGGUUGGUACGGUGUGCGCGUGAGAGAUAUUCUGACCGGAACAGUCGUCGUUGAUCGUCCGACUGACGCGAUAUUCGCUCAUCACGGCUGGCGAGAAACUACUCUGGCGAUAAAAUGGCCCGGAUACCUACCCAACAGAUCUUCGGAUGCAUCUCGUCGGCGCUUUAAAGUACUGGAUAAUAACGUACCGAUGACUCGUCAAGAUUUCGCUAUAGAGAUUGCCAGUCAGAUUCGACAUCUUGAGGACCGUGCAAGGGAUAAGCCCGUUGCACAUGGUUGGGAAGAUUGGGCGUUUAGCAAAAACAAUGUUCGUGCGUCGGACGUGUAUAUCCUAUCGGCCCAUUAUUACAGGAAUGCUUGGGUCCCUGAACUCUACGUCAUUAAUAUGGGAUAAUGUUUUCCGGUGGCCUCCUUUCCCCUGUAGCCCUAUAGCAGACAAAUAUCUUCAAUUUUCAAGUCACUAGCACCCCCUAUACAAUUCACGACAGUCCAUUGCAUGCCUUGUGCCUACCUUAAAA